AUUCAGUCACACGAUCAGAAAUUUACAAAAGCGUGAGUUUUGAAGAAGCGACUGUAAGUGACCUCCUCCAUUCUGCUAAACCACGAAAGCUUCCCAAAUCAGUCAGAGAUUUUUUGGAAAAAAAGCCGAGCCCACAUAAUCGAUCAACUGAAGAGGAAAUGCAGUCGUGGUUUAACGGAUUGAUGGAGGUAUCAAACUCUGCUUGGAAGGGUGUGGCUGCGGCAGACACACAUAAAAGCCCAUAUCUUGGGGGGUAUAUGCCAGAUAUUAGUGUUUUCAGCGCCGCUGAUGUUGCAGAAAAUGCUUUUAUUUCAAAAUAUGCUUAUACCAUAUUAGAAGUAAAGAAGCAAAAAUGUUUAUCGGGCUUGGCUGACGAAGACAGGGGGCAGCUGUUGGACUACCUCCAAGUUCUUGUCCAACAGCAACCUUUACGUGAACUUUUCGCUUUGUUUGUUUCUGACGGACGAUAUUUUUAUAUAAUGACAUUCGAUCGUGUGAACUACGUCUUUCAGGAACAACACACAACGUUUUCGAGAGGCUUUGAAAUCUUUUUUACGAUGAUUUCAAAAAAAUCACCUUACAUAAUGACUGUUGAGGAAUAA